UUGCAAACUGGCACAAAGGUGAAUGUGAUUCAUGAAGCUAGCUUGGUUCAGGAGAGCUGAAAUAGGAUCAAAGAGCAAAAGGCAACUCACAUAGAAGCAGGGAUUCACGGGGAACAGGCAGACACGAGCAGCCACUGCAGGUGUGUGAGCAAGACUGCUGCUGCAACAAAAGCCUAAACCUGACCACAUCUUGGGAAAAGAAUGGCCACUUCCUGGACUGCAAUCUUUUUCAUGCUAGUGGCAUCCUGUGUUUGCAGCACUGUCUUCCACAGGGACCAGCAGACUUGGUUUGAGGGUGUCUUCCUGUCUUCCAUGUGCCCCAUCAAUGUUAGUGCCAGCACCUUGUAUGGAAUUAUGUUUGAUGCAGGGAGCACUGGAACUCGAAUUCAUGUUUACACCUUUGUGCAGAAAACACCAGGACAGCUUCCAAUUCUAGAAGGGGAGAUUUUUGAAUCUGUGAAGCCAGGACUUUCUGCUUUUGUAGAUCAACCUAAGCAGGGUGCUGAGACUGUUCAAGGACUCUUAGAGGUGGCCAAAGACUCAAUCCCCCGAAGUCACUGGAAAAGGACCCCAGUGGUCCUGAAGGCAACAGCGGGACUGCGCUUAUUACCGGAACGGAAAGCCCAGGCUCUGCUCUUUGAGGUAAAGGAGAUCUUCAGGAAGUCACCUUUCCUGGUACCAGAGGAGAGUGUUAGCAUCAUGGAUGGAUCCUAUGAAGGCAUAUUAGCUUGGGUUACUGUGAAUUUUCUGACAGGUCAGCUGCAUGGCCACAGCCAGGAGACCGUGGGGACCCUGGACCUGGGGGGGGCCUCCACCCAAAUCACGUUCCUGCCCCAGUUUGAGAGAACCCUGGAACAAACGCCUAGGGGCUACCUCACUUCCUUUGAGAUGUUUAACAGCACUUAUAAGCUCUACACACACAGUUACUUGGGAUUUGGAUUGAAAGCUGCAAGACUAGCAACUCUGGGAGCCCUGGAGACAGAAGGGACUGAUGGACACACUUUCCGAAGUGCCUGUCUACCGAGAUGGUUAGAAGCAGAGUGGAUCUUUGGAGGUGUGAAAUACCAGUAUGGUGGCAACCAAGAAGGGGAGAUGGGCUUUGAGCCCUGCUACGCCGAAGUCCUGAGGGUGGUACAAGGAAAACUUCACCAGCCAAAAGAGGUCCAGAGAAGCUCCUUCUAUGCUUUCUCUUACUAUUAUGAUCGAGCCGUUGACACGGACAUGAUUGAUUAUGAAAAGGGGGGUGUUUUAAAAGUUGAAGAUUUUGAAAGAAAGGCCAAAGAAGUGUGUGAUAACUUGGAAAACUUCACCUCUGGCAGUCCUUUUCUGUGCAUGGACCUAGCCUACAUCACAGCCCUGUUAAAGGAUGGCUUUGGCUUUGCAGACAGUACCGUCUUACAGCUCACAAAGAAAGUGAACAACAUAGAAACAGGCUGGGCCUUGGGGGCCACCUUUCACCUGUUGCAGUCUCUGGGCAUUUCCCACUGAGGACACGCACUUCCUCUGAGGCCUGCAUUCACCAACAACCUUUUAAAGGGAGAAGGAGAGUCAUUUUCUGAGCUAGUCUGGGGGACAACCUGGACUGAAGCCCAGCAGCUAGCUUUAUCAGGAGAAAAGGGGCUUUUGUAGAUGGAUCUUGCCCUUGAGCCUAGAAAUUUGAGUUUAAUUAGUUUUACACAUUUAAUGUGAACUGCUGCCUAACCACUCAGCAUGCACAGCUGGCACCAGAAGAGUCUAAAUCUUUUGAGAUUCCUUGUGUGUCAGAGAGAGCCCCGUGAACCAGAAAGUAUAGCUUUGGAACUCAACCUUGGAGAGCCCAGGGACAGGUCCCUGGGAACCAAAGAAAAAUCUCAUUUCAACCCUUUGAGUGCCUCAUACCUUAAACAUUUUAGUUUUCCUCUUACAUGCUAAAUUAAGCUGAUUUAUUGCAAUCCCAUGACCUAGCAGUACCAGUAUUUUUUUCCUCCCUAUACACUGCCUACCCUUAUCUGCACAAACCUCUCCCAAAAAGAGGAAAAAAAAAUACCUGGUUUUGCUUUCCAUGUAUAAUUCCAAAAAAAAAAAAAAUGGUAUCAUAUCAGAAUUUGUGAUCCUGUUCUGUGCUAGCUCCAAUCAGCCAGUGGAGAGCCAUCCUAAAUGGUAAUAGGAUGGAGAGUAGCUCCUAACUGUGCAUAGAUCACAGCCUUAAGAAAGGAGGCCAUCCAGUGUCUAGAGACAUGUCAUGGGAGGGUGUGGCUGCCUCAUGUAGCCUACCUUCUGUAAUCAACUUUUUAUCAGUCAACUCUGGGAUUAAUGAACGUAUCUAUCUUAUGUGUGUAUUCAGUGCCAGUACCACCUCCUAGGCUAAUGUGUUUAUAGUAUUUUCCAUGAUCCUAAACUUGUUUUCUUUGUAUUUCUAAGAAUAGAACUAUAGCAACUAUACCCUAGCUUGCGGUCUGUGGUGAAGAAGUGUCUGUGCUAUCCUAGGAUCUACCAAUUUUGGUCAUAGCCCCUUUCAGAUUACCCUUUUAUGCUGUCUGUUUAUAGCAGUAUCUUCUGCCCUGGCCUCUGAUCAGUUUAGCUAAUAUCCUGAUUUAUGUGUUUAGUGCCAGGGUUUCCAACUCUCCUCCCGACAAUAUCCCACAUUUGAUUCGGUGGCUCUUUUGGUCCACAUCAGUACAGUGGGCCAGCAUCUCCAGAGAGAACCAUGUUUAAUGACUCUAAAGUUCUCUUUUUGAGUCUGAAGGCUCAGAACUUAAUUAUUUCCCCCCAAAUUCAUUAUCUUGUACUUUCCCACAUAGCAGUCAUCUGAUUCUUGUCCACCUACUCUAGUGCCCUUGGACUUGGAAGAUCUUCCUGUGGUCUGGCUCCUCCUUUACCUCCAGCUUCUUUCCAGAAGAGUAUCUCCCCCAAACAGCGGACUCCCUUUCAUUCUGCUUUCUCACAAACAAUAUUAAAUGCACCUGGCCCUCACACCAGUUCCUGAGGAACCUCCACUGCAUCAAUAAAUAUUUAACAUCUGCUCUGUGCAAGAAACUAAGCAAAUUUCUGUAUCCUUAUCCCCCAGAUUUUGUUUUUUAAUUCAGUGUGGAAUUUCUUAAGACUUUUCACACUUUUAUUACUAAACUCACCUUUAUACCUAUUGCCUUCCUCAAUAAAUGCUAAUAUAAAAUGAAAUAAUAGAAUCUUUAGAAUUAGAAAUAGCCCAAAAAUAUAAUCUUAUCUUCUACCCAGUGCAGAAUUCCUUCAACUUUUCUAACAGGUUAUCAUCAUUCAGCAUCUGCUUAGGCAUGUUUUCAGAUAGCUCAUUCCAUUCGGGACUACACUGAUGUUAAAAAAAGUUCCUCCUUAGAUUGAGCUGAAAUCUACCUAUCUUCUCAAUGGUUUUAGUUCUGCUCUGAUGCUCCUUCCAGAGCCUUUCAAUAUUUUCAAGAAAGCCCCUCCCAAGUUCUUUAUGGUCUCUUCUUUAACAUGUGACAGAUGUCUAGACCCCUUACCAUCUUUGUCCAAAAAAGGGUGCUAGACCAGUCACAGUACAUUACAUGUUGUCCCAUGUAUAGGGACAGACUAUUUUCCUCCAGUAGAAACCAAGUUGUUUCCCCAAGAGGUAAGCUGUGUUCACUGAAGACUCUUCCAGCUUGACAAGUCCAGAGACGUAAGAUUCUCUGGUCUUUACCACUGCACGUUGUCUCUGAAACUUCUUAUCAACAGGGUCCACUUUGUAAAGUAACACACAUUAUUCAGCAGGCUCUUUUGGUCAUCCCAAAUACCUUCAGAACUCUUGGAUAAAGGCAAUCUAACUCCAGAAAUUUAUCUAAAUAUAUUUUGUUAAUCUUGAUGAGAACAUCUGGAGAAUUAAUCAGUUUGUCCAUUUUAAGAACAACAAUUUGGAAUGAGAAUUUUUGUUUCUUUAAAAAAAAUUGUCUAUAAUGUCCAUUUUGACCCCAGUGUACCCUUUGGGCCUCUUAUUAAGGGUCCUAUAGAUUCUAAUACUGUUGGUUAGUUUCCACUCUGUAAAUGUGUUAAUAUAUUUAAAAUACUUAGGGCAUGGCCUGGUACAUGGUGGAUGUUAUGUUUGUUAUCAUCAUCAUUGUCAUAUGAAGAACAUCCUCUGGGGAUCAUGGAGGUCCUUGCAAGGUGUGCCUUAAAAUUCUUCAUCUUGCCUGAUUCUGUUUGCACACUUUUGGAGAGUCUGUGUUCUCCGCACCUAUUCCACUUUUCUGUUUUUUUAUGAAUGAUGACCUUGUCCCUACAGUCUCUGCUAGUAAUCACACAGCUUUUCACAGCAGCUGCCAUCUUUUAUUCUGGGCACAUUUUUCCUGAGAUUCCAGGAAGGUUGUGACAUUGUCACUUUUUUACUCUAGUAUCUUAUAAAUUUUCUCCAUUUGCCUGAAAAGCUCCCCUAAAGUAACAGAUUUCCCAUGCCUUUAAAAAUUAUUCUCAAGAAUAGUUUACUUGGUUCAAAAGCAGACUAUUUCUUCUCAUUUUAUCUUCAAAUCAGAUGUCUGGGUAAGAUGUUCUUUACAGUGAGCAAAUCUAACAGACCUGCAAAUCUCUUCAAGAGGCACCUCUGGUACUAUGAAGUGAGCUCUUUAAAAACCCACAGCAAAAUACCACUCCCUCCAGUCGGCUACCAGUCUGCCACCAAACAUGAACAAAUUCUGCUGCUAAUCAUAGUUUUUCCCUUUUGACCUGGUUCCUGAGGUCUUCAAACCUGUGCAAUGAAAUUAUUUAUUAUUUUAUUAAACAGACAAUGGUGUCCCAGAGAGGAACCACAAAUAAAGGUGAAAUCUGGUGCUGUGAUGAAGAAUAACUCACAUUAAUAAAAUUUGGUUUUCUUUUCAGAAAGUCCAGUGCAGCUAUAACAAAGGUUAAAGCAGUUUAUAUUUAAUUUGCAUUCUGAUGUUAA